ACCCAGGCGCGUGCCCUCCUCUCCCCUACCGCAACUGCCCGAGCCCCGGGGUGAGAGGGGUGGGUCUUGAGAACCUUGCGGCGGCGGCCGCCGCGGCCCCAGCGCCCUGGCCUCGUCCCCCGGUCCGCCCUGCACCGAGGGGUCCUCCUCCACCGCCUCCCAGAGCGACGCUCAGCCGACCGACCCCAGAUGGUGGGUCCGGAGGAUGCCGGAGCCUGCCCGGGAAGAAACCCCAAGUUGCUUCCAGCGCCGGCGCCCGAGCCGGUGGGCCAGGAUGGGAAGAUGAUCCGGGCCUCCAGCGGCUGUGGCGGGGGCGUCGGCGCUGUGGAGCCGCCCGAGGAGGAAGAGGGGGAAGAAGAAGAGGCGGCCGCGGAGGAGGAGGAGGAGGAGGGGGAGGAGGAGACACCCCCUCAGCGGCUCUUUCGGCGCUACCUCCAGGCGGCCGGGGCUCCGCUGGAGCCGGGACUGUGCCACUGUCCGCCCCCCGCCGCCCCGCGCUCGGCCGGCCGCCUGCCGCGGCGGCGGGGCAUGACCAACGGGGACUCGGGCUUCCUGCCGGGCCGGGGCCGCCGGGACCUGGACGAGGCUCGCGGGCUGGCCGGCGCGGGGGGCCGGGAGCCGGGCCCCCGCCACCUCCGUCUGGAGCCGCCGGGCGACGAGGGCGCGGGCAGCGGGUCGGACUGGGCCGCGCCGCUGGAGGACCCGCUGCGGAGCUGCUGCCUGGCGGCCACCGGCGCGGAGAGCAGCUCGGAGGACGACAGCGCGGCCAGCGGCGAGGACCUGCCUCCGCGAGCCGGCCCGCGGGGUCCCGGGGAGGGCGCGUCCCCGACCGCCCCGGCGGAGAGGACUAGUGGGGGCGCGGACCCCGGCCCGGACGCGCCUCGCCACUCGCGCGGCAGCGCGGCGGAGGGGAGCAGCCCCCCGAGCUCCCGCGACCGCCUGCCUCGGGCCGCGCCGCCCGGAACCUCGCCCGCCGCCGAGCAGGGGCCGUCGGGGGGCCCGGGCCGGGCCGGGCGGAGCGGCGGCCUCGCCGACUUCCUCGCCAGAAACCUUUUCCCAAAAAGAACAAAGGAACUCAAAUCACUUGCUUAUAGUGCUCCUGGUUGGAAAUUGUUUGGUAAAGUCCCUCCCAGAGAGAAUCUUCAGAAAACUUCCAAAAUCAUUCAGCAGGAAUAUGAAGCACGAACAGGAAGAACCUGUAAACCACCACCUCAGUCUUUAAGACGUAAGAAUUUUGAAUUUGAGCCAUUAUCUACCACGGCCCUGAUUCUUGAGGAUCGACCAUCAAACCUUCCAGCAAAAUCUGUGGAAGAAGCUUUACGUCAUCGACAAGAAUAUGAUGAGAUGGUUGUUGAGGCUAAAAAAAGAGAAAUUAAAGAAGCCCAUAAAAGAAAAAAAAUAAUGAGAGAACGAUUUAAGCAGGAAGAAAAUAUUGCCAGUGCAAUGAUAAUUUGGAUCAAUGAAAUACUGCCUAAUUGGGAAGUAAUGCGUAGUACAAGAAGAGUUCGUGAAUUGUGGUGGCAGGGAUUGCCCCCUAGUGUCCGUGGGAAAGUCUGGAGUCUAGCUAUAGGAAAUGAACUAAAUAUCACUCCUGAACUUUACGAAAUCUUCCUCUCAAGAGCAAAAGAGCGAUGGAAAAGCUUCAGUGAAGCAAGUUCAGAAAAUGAUUCAGAAGGUGUGUCUCUUGCUGAUCGGGAGGGCAGUCUGGAAUUGAUUAAGUUGGAUAUAUCUCGCACAUUUCCAUCGCUCUACAUUUUUCAGAAGGGUGGUCCAUAUCAUGAUGUCUUACAUAGUAUCUUAGGGGCAUAUACAUGUUACAGACCUGAUGUUGGUUAUGUCCAAGGGAUGUCCUUCAUUGCAGCAGUGCUUAUUCUAAAUUUGGAAGAGGCAGAUGCCUUCAUUGCAUUUGCAAAUCUUCUCAAUAAGCCAUGCCAGUUGGCCUUUUUUCGUGUGGAUCAUAGCAUGAUGUUGAAAUAUUUUGCCACAUUUGAAGUAUUUUUUGAAGAAAAUCUCUCCAAAUUAUUCCUUCAUUUUAAAUCUUACAGCCUUACACCAGACAUAUACUUGAUAGACUGGAUCUUCACACUAUAUAGCAAAUCACUACCCCUUGAUCUGGCCUGUCGAGUCUGGGAUGUAUUUUGCAGAGAUGGGGAGGAAUUUUUAUUUAGAACUGGAUUAGGAAUUCUCCGAUUAUAUGAAGAUAUUCUCCUACAGAUGGAUUUUAUUCAUAUAGCACAGUUUUUAACAAAAUUACCAGAAGAUAUCACAUCAGAAAAGUUAUUCAGCUGCAUUGCUGCCAUUCAGAUGCAGAAUAGCACCAAAAAAUGGGCUCAGGCCUUUGCAUCUGUAAUGAAGGAUAUUAAAGAAGGAGAUAAGAAUAAUAGUCCUGCUCUGAAAAGCUAAUCUUCAGAAUUAAAGGUUAAUUGAAAUGUAAAAAAAAAAGUGUAGUAAAAGAGUUUUGCUUCCUGUGUAAAAAAGAUGGAAGAAAAUGGAGAAAUCUGGAAGAAUCAAGCUGGAAAACUGCUGAUUUUUAAAUUUCAUGACUGAAAUAAAUGGAUAAUCUUUUGACAGUAUUAAUACAAAAGUAUUCUGUAAGGAGAGCCAAUUAACAAAGGAAAAAGUUUAAAUGGCGAGUUCACACUCUGCAAUUUGGAGUGAAUUAUUUAAUGCAAUAAUUUUGUAGUAGCUUUGGAGAUACUUCAGAGUUUUGAACAUCAUUUCUUUUUUUCAAUAGUUAACACAAAAGCACUUUGGAGGUCAGAGCAGGAUUGUUGAAUACUACUUUAACUUCCAAAAUACUAUUUGAAUUCAACGCCUCACUGCUAAUAUUAUAUCUAGUUCCCACCUUUUAAAGACAUCAUAGACCAAGAAAAUCAACUUUGGUGUAAAUUAUUAAGUCACUGGAGUUAUUAUUUAUUUUCAUUUAUAGGUUAGGGCACAUGUGCCUUAAUCUGGGAACUGGAAAUAUUAGUAGGUUUUUUUUGUUUGUUUUUUAAGCAUUUGUGUUUCCACAGUAUCAUGUCCGUCUUUUUCUAAAGGAAACUUGUUUCUUUUCCAUAAGAAAAUUGUUACAACUCAAAAUAAUUUAGGCUUUCUGUUUCUGGCCAAGUAAAUUGUUCUGUCUUGUAACUUAGGAAAGUUAACUGGUAGAAGGAAAUUUCUUUGCACUUUAGUGGGCUGAAAACUUGAUUGGGGCUGGGGAAGGAAGUUCAUAAGUAAAUGAGGUUUCUCACUGGUAAAAGUAGAAAGUAAUGAAUUCUAAGAGUUCUCAAAUAGUAUGCAACAUGGAAAGACUAUAUUUUUAAGUUAGAAUUAUUUCACUGUUGGUAGAAAAAAUAUUAAUUCCAGUUUGAAAAUUGAAAAUCUUAAUAUAUAGCCAGGUCCAUGACUUGUGCAUAAUUUUCUAAUCAAUGAAAGUAAAAUUAACCUUUUCCCUAAUGAGUCUAACUUCUGUGACAUAAUAGAGAUUAUUAAUUAUUGGUAAAUUAAUAUUGAAAUUAUAAUAUGUUUGAUUUUUGAGCCUAAAACAUAUCACUUAGUUAUUAUGAGUGAUAUGUGUAUAACUUGCUAUUUGGUUAGUAACUGGCAUUUAGUGUGCUUCUGUGUUGCAGUUUGGUUUUUUAAACAGCACUUAAACACACUUGUUUCUGUUAGAUGGUAUAUAGUCUUCAAACUAACAAGUCUGAGAUUCUUGUUAGUAUAAUGACUGCGUUUUUUAGAAGUAUGGGAACAGAUGGUGCCCAUAUAUUUUUACCCCAUGGGUCAUUCUAGCCUAGGGAUUACUUGUGGAAUUUUCAGAAGUUAACUCCUUUCAUAGGGGUUUGCUUAGUGGAAACAAAUUUAAUGAAUAGAGCUUUUAAAAUAUUUAAUAAUUCAAUAAAUAUUGAGGGAGUACCCAGAGUUUUAAAUAUAUUCUAGAAUACAAUUUAACUCUGGUAACUACUUCCUUGGUAUUGGUGACCCUGAUAGAAGGGAUGUAACCCCUACCAGCAGUCUCUUUGAGAUUAUAUUACCUGCAUAACUUAACUUUGUGCAUCUGUUUUCUGAGUUAAACCUAUGUUACUAUAUUUUUGUCAUUUUUAUUAUUGUACAGUUUCUUUACCUUUAAAGUAUAAAUGUGUACAUAAAAUGUAAAUAUAAGAAAUUCACUAAAAAAAACCACUAUUAACUACUAUGUAAAUAAAACUUGUAAGCAAAAUAAUUA